GUGGUUCGCCUCAGCCUUGUCGGGAGGUUUCCUUGGCGCCCUUUCCCCAGGGAGAGUUCGGCCAGGCCGGGAAGCGAGGCGGGAGUGUGCCCUGUGGUCAGGGUGGACGGAGCAAGGUGGCACUGCGAAAGGCCGCGAUAAGAAAACCUGAUGCCUUGAGCAUGUUACUUCUGGAGAAGCACGUGGCCUACAUAGCUUCGCUUGGGAGAAGGAAAGGUGACAUAUUCUUCUAUGAUGUCUCCGUGUUGCUGAUGUAAAUGAAACUGUUGAAUAUAUUGCAGAAAUACAACUUGCAGAAAGAGGGUGCCUCACUUGCUGAAGACAAAUGGGGAGAAAUAGCUACAAGGUUCUCCCUCUGUGCUGCAGUAUGUGACACUGCGCAAGGACGUGAUAAGAAAACCACAUGGCCCGCUGUCUUUGGAGAAUUGUGUGGCCUACAUAGCUUCGCUUGGGAGAAGGAAAGGUGACAUGUGGCACUGCGAAAGGCCGCGAUAAGAAAACCUGAUGCCUUGAGCAUGUUACUUCUGGAGAAGCACGUGGCCUACAUAGCUUCGCUUGGGAGAAGGAAAGGUGACAUGAUUACUGACUGUAACAGACCAGUUGCAUCAAAUAAAUGUUGACUUGCUGGGUUGGUGGCUUUGUGAACAUCACAUACCUUCUGGAGGACUCAGUGGGUGAUCAGAGAAGGUAUUAGGUAUGUCACUGUGAGUGCACUGCUAUCCCUGGAUGUGCCUGUGCAUCAAUACCAACCCGGAGACUGGGUGUAUCUGAGGAUGUGGUCAGAUGAACCAUUGAAGGAGAAGUGGAAAGGCCCUUUCCAGAUUUUACUCACCACUUACACAGCUGUCAAGCUCGAAGGAGUCGCUCGAUGGACACAUUACAGCACGAUCAAGCCAGCCACAUCACCAGAAUGGACUGUCAAACAAGAAGGACCUUUACGCUUAAAAUUAACUCGGGAAUCAUGAAGUUCUGGGUUAUAUCCCUUGUGGUGAUGUCAGGAAGUACAGAAAUUGAUACAGGUGGAGAAACCAAUGCAGACAUAGAUGAAAACUUAAUUCUAACCUUAAUACAAGGGUUUGGUAGAGUGCGUAAUCUUACUAGUGUAACAGCGUGUAUCCCAAUUCCUCAUUCAGCUACUCAGCAUAUCCCAUGGGGUAUUAUACCGAUAAAUUCAUCUUUAUUGGACAAAUAUGAUAACAUCAUAGAAGUCUUUAAAUGGGCUAACGCUUCCCAUUAUUUAGAUAAAGAAAAGAUGUGUAGACAAAGAGGUAGUGAUAUUUUACAAGAUGCCACUUCUUGGAGACCAGGAAACAAUAGAACAGUAUUUGGAAGGGGCUCAAGUGCACAAUGUCCUAACGGAUCACACCCCUUAGGUACUGAGUUUCUGACAAUGGCAUUAACAGCCUCCGGUGGACAAGCUGCAGGAUUAUUAAAUCUCUGUGUUACUAAUAACACAGUAGCUAAUGUGACUACCGCUCUGGAAUGUACUAACCUUAGGAAAAAACUCAGAACUUGGACCAGACCUUUGGAAGGGUAUUGGAAAUAUAUAGGAAAUGUAGAUUGGUGCUUUAAUUGGGGUGCAAAGGCUAUUUACAACAUUAGCAGAGCCAAUUGGAGGUGCCCCAACGUCUUAAAUCGUAGUAAAAUAUCAAUCCUAAAUUCUGCUUUGAUGAUGGAACAGUGUAAGAAACAAAAUUCUUCAAAUGGAAGUUGCAGACAAGAAAUUCCGUCCCCAGGUUACAUGGUAUGGGUCACGUCGGUUAGAUAUUGGAGUACCUGACUACGGUUUAGUACAGUAACUAGAUAAGUAACUUUAGGAUUAUUGACCCUAUGUCCCACAUGGAAAAAGAAUCCAGUUGAAGCCCAAUAUUGGGGACGAAUUAAAAGAAAUAUUAAGACAGAAAAAGGCCCUGAUACUUGGACAGGGCCCUCAGCAGCAGUACAACUUGAUUGGGGAUUCCAGAGUUUCCUAUUACCAGGACUAAUGGCUUUAGAAAAUCGAAUACUGAUAGAAGAUUUGACCUGGCAAGCAGAAACUUUGUCAAGAGCCACUCAGAAAGGAUUCCAGAUUAUUAAUAAACAGGUCCAAGCUAAUACUAAAAUGACUUUACAAAAUAGACUAGCCUUAGACUGGGUAUUGGUUAAAGAAGAAGGGGUGUGUGGAUAUCUUAAGUUAGACAAAGAACACUGCUGUAUCCACAUCCCAAACAUAACUGACAAUCUACAAGAACAGUUAGACAAAAUGAGAAAAGUAGCCGAAGACAGCAGAGCGGUCAGAGAUGCAGCAGAAGAUAACUGGCUCAACAAAAUCCUCCAAGGAUUAAAUGGAUGGUCUCUAAAAGGAUGGUUAGCUACGUUGUUGGAAGGAAUAAUUUGUGUAGUUGUAAUUAUUAUAGGAAUCUGCAUAGGUUGUGCUAAGAGAACCAUUGAGGAAAAAUAUAUGGAAGUAGUAAGAAAAUCUAACUACUUCCAAAGGGGGAUUGAUACCAAAAGACUUAGACAAUUUGACAAAGAAAAGGCCCCCUUUGUGUAAACUUUGUGCAGAUAGGAGAAGCAAGUCUGCGUGCCAAAGAACAAUACAUGCCAAGAAGGCAGGAUGUGUCUCAAUAUCAGUACUGUACAUCCUGGUUCUGCUGACUGAGUUACAAAAGCAGAAGUUGCCAGACCAGGAGUUGUGACCAUAGGUGGGCAAACUGAGUUAAGGGCUAUACCUCAAAACGACCACCAGAGACUAUUCCCCAAUUCAGUACGCUUGUGUAGAGGCAGUUUCGCAAUCUAGUAGCACAUGCAUUAGGUUUCCUGGAAGUAGGUGGACACUUCUUGGAGAUUAUGUGAAUAUUCACUUUUUUAAUGUAUAUAAUGAGUAUGCUUUCGUCCCUCGGUGUGCGUGUUAGGAGGAGGAAUCCCCCAUGCGCCCAGCGCUGUAAUAAACCAAUGUCAGCUUUCUAAACUAUCGUUUGGUUUGGAGAGUUUUCUUGGUUACAAUUUUCCAGUAACAAGACGAGCUGAUACGAAGCUCUUUGUCCUUACUGAUGAACAAAGCGCUGUGGAUUGUUAGCCUCUCCCAUAGAAGGCGAAGGCUGUUUCAAAAUUACCUUCUUGCAUUUUUGCUUCUUGAAGAAGGGAAGAGGUCAUCUAAAAAGAGGCUGCAUCCAGGAACUUUCUUCUCUUUUACCCUGAAGCAACUCUUAAGUGUUGUUUCUCUGCAACAGUAUUACGAUAGCACAGCUAGUAGUUUGCAGAAUCACCAAUACCAUUUGCAAUGUCAUGUUUAAAACAAAAUUAAAUAAUGUUCUGCUCCUCUGUUUGCCAGUUACCUGAUGUGUGGUGUUCGUGGUGGGUGCUAGCAUCUCUGGAGGUGACUGGCAGGUUACAUUGGAUUGACAGAGAGAAACCGCACUGCUUUACUGUGGCUUGCCAGGAUGGGGAGAAAUUCCAGGUUACCUUUGCAAGUGCCACUUUUUUUUGUCAAGGGAAUCACACUCAGUACAUAGGAAUUUGCCAUAUUUUUUCCAUGUUGUGUAGACAUUAAAACCAAAAAAUCCUCUUCAGAAUCUCUGGUCUAGUAUAGACUGAGACACCCUGGAAAUUACUAUGUGGGUGAUACUGCAUGACAAUGUAGACCAUGGUAGGUUGAAAUCCUAUUAAUAGUAUUGGAGUUUUUAUCUGGGGGGGGUCUGGUUAACUUCAUUUCCUAAGUCAGCUGUGCUUUUUAAAGGUCUCCUUAUAAGAUAUAUGGGUUAAAGGACAGUAAGUAUGUAUACAAACUAAAUACUUAAGAAUAUUCAUACUUUUUUUUACAUCAGAUUUUUUAAGAAUACUGUAUUUGUAAAGGGUCAUCACAGUUUGUUAAGCAAACAAAAUCACUUUUUUUCAAUGUACUGUGAAAGAAAUUAGUUGCGCAAUGUGUAUGUUAAAAGACUUGUGUCAUUGUGGUGCAAGAUACAUUGCUAUCAUCUACCUCUAUUUUGUUAAAUGUAUUCUUGAUAAGCUAUUUCUGAGCUUAAAUAUUUAGAAACAUUGCAGUAAUUGACCUGCUGUUCUCAGACCUGCUGUUCUCAGUCUUCAGUUAUGGCUCCUUUAUUACAGGCUUUUAGAAAUUUGCACUUCUGUAACUUUUUUCCUCAUGCAAAUCUUUACAUGGAAAGAUCCUGACAUUAUCUCAGUACUUGGUCUUCAGUACUGAGGUAUAGCUACCCAUCCCAGCAAUAUGUUUUGCAAGGUGCUGUAUGAGAAUUUGCAAAAGAAUAAUCAAUAAUUCAAGAACAUAAA